AUGGAUCUAGAAGGAGGAAAAGUUGAGUUUUUAUGGUCGUCUAAAGAGAUUAAUGCAGGAGCUGAUAAAUACUGGCCUCUUGUGUUAGGUAUAGCUCAGAACAACAGCCUUAAUAGGAUUGUCAGGUGUAGCCAAAUAAUGGGACGGAGUGAACAUGAAGAUUUGACCGCUGCUCAAAUAUUUUAUCCAUGCAUGCAGUGUGCUGAUGUAUUUUUCCUCAAGGCUGACAUCUGCCAACUGGGAAUGGAUCAGAGAAAAGUAAAUGUGCUUGCAAGAGAGUAUUGUGAUGUUAUUAAGAGGAAGAACAAACCUCAAGGGCAAGAAAAGAUGUCAAAAAGUGGCCCAUUAUCAUCUAUUUUCAUGGAAGAUGAGGAGGCUGAAGUGAAUGUGAAAAUAGAGAAGGUUUAUUGCCCGCCAAAACUUGUUGAAGAAAACUCAUGCCUUGAGUAUAUUAAGUAUCUUAUCUUUCCGUGGUUUAAGGAGUUCACUGUGGAGUGUGGUGCAGAAAAUGGCGGGAAUAAGACGUUCAAAAGCUUUGAAGAGUUAGCUGCUGACUAUGAAUGCGGAGAGUUACAUCCAGGUGACCUCAAACCGGCUUUGGCAAAAUCAUUGAAUAAAAUUCUAGAGUUAGUAUAUGAUAGAUCAAGACCCUUAAUUAGUUGGGACUAUCAGAGGAGAGCUAGGGGAAAUGCAGAGGCUAAUAGAGCUAAUGCUCCAGAAAAUAAUUCUCUCACUGCCCAACCUAUAAGGUGA